CUUUUCCAGCUGUGGAAGAAGAAGCUGGUGGUGCUGACCAAGGACAGCCUCAGCCUCUUCCCCGACGGGCACAAGCGGGCCAAGGGCAAGGAGCUGGGCUUCGGCUCCAUCCUCAAGGUGGACUGCGUGGAGCGCACGGGCAAGUACAUCUACUUCACCAUCGUCACCAAGGACCGCAAGGAGAUUGACUUUCGGUGCCCGGACCAG